CCUCCUUCCCGGUCAACUUGUCAUCAACUCAUUGAAAACACCGCCCCUCACACCACUGUCGUCGUUAUGCUCGUCACAAGAUUCUAAAUACAUCAAUGGCAUGUUCAUCAUCUUCUUCUCACUCUGCACCCGUCUCUUCUUCUCGUUCGUGUAAAUAUGAUGUAUUUCUUAGUUUUAGAGGAGAAGAUACCCGCAAGACAUUUGUUGAUCAUCUAUAUUCUGCUCUUACACAACACCUUAUCCGUGUUUACAAGGACGAUGAAACACUUCCACGAGGUGUAUCCAUCAAUCAAUCCCUCUUCGAGGCUAUUGAAGAAUCACGAAUUGCUGUCAUAGUAUUCUCCAAAAACUAUGCAGAUUCUUCAUGGUGUUUGGAAGAACUUGCACAUAUUAUGAAAUGUAAGGAUGAGAGAGAGCUUAUUGUUUUACCCAUAUUUUAUGAUGUGGAACCCACAGAAGUGAGAAAUCAGAAAGGGAAAUUUGGAAAAGCAUUUGCCAAACAAAAGGCGAAGAACGUCACCAGAGCUGAAAUAUGGAGAAAAGCAUUUGUUGAUGUGAGUAACAUCGCUGGAUGGGAGCCAAAGAACAUUGCUAACGGGUAAUUUUUUAAUCCAAAGUCUCUGCGUGUAGUUGACAUGAUUUUA